CCCAAAAUCCAAGAUCCAGUAAGCCCAAAGCCUUACAGAAACCAGCCAACAGGCCACGUGUCAACCACCCAUCUCCUCAACCGCUAGAACGAUACCAGAGUAAAAAAAAAAAACCAAAAAAAAUCCUCCCUUUCCCCCUACUACCAUAAUCAUCCACCGCCUUACCAAGCAAUGGCUAGUAAAGUUCAGCUAGGAGUUUUGAAGAACAAGAACAACAAACCCACCAACAGGAAGGAUGCCGCGAAAUGUGUCCGGCAAGUCGCGAACUAUCUGAAAUCGGAUUCCUACUUGUAUGGGCCUCUGCUCAAUCCACCUCUAGCGACGACGAGAGCGACAGGGGAUGAUUUCCCGCCGCCGAAAGUUAGCUUCCCAGAGGGAAUUGAGUACAUGGCGAGAGGAAGGAAGAACAAUAAUAAGGGACUUGGAAAGAAGAUUGUGCAGUAUCUGAAAUCCGAUUCUUACUUGUACGGUCCCUUUCUGUCUUCAAGAUCAACAAUCCCAGGAUAUGUUCGGCGAAGCAAGAAGUUGACCAUGGAGAUGUUGAUGACAAGGAAAGUGACGAGGAAGGACAAACAAUCCACUGUGGAGAAAUCAAAUGUAACAGUGGAGCAGGAGGAAGAGUUCUGUGAUGUUGUUGUUCUUCCUCCUACUACUCCUGACAGGAACCGUUCUUCGGGUCAGCAGCAACAACGAUCAGCACGUCGCCGUCAGGAGGUGUCGAGCCACGUGGUCCCUCGAAGAAGCUUUCGUUCUUCCUCCUCAUCUGCCGUGUCAGGUCAGUUGCACGAAAGAGUUUACCUAGCACGAGAAUGAGGACACUUCUUGUUGACCACUGACGACACCUGUGAGUAACAAAAGUCACGAGAUGUAGAGAAUGUGUGUUCAUGUGAAGGAGUUGAAGAACGUGUAGGGUUGUCUCACUUUUGUGUACAUUUUUAUCACAUUUUAAUUUGUGUAUCGCGUGGUUUCUGUUAGAUGCUAGACGAGUGGACCGAUUGCCAAUUGGUUUGGGAUCAUUAACUUCCAACUAAGAAAUGAGCUUUGAGUUAUGUGCAAAGAGAUGUUAGGUAUCUUAUCAUGAAAAAGGACUCGGAGGUUAUGAUAAGGCCAUUUCUCCCGGUUCAUCUACUUCAUGAUACGUGAAUCGUCCAACUUUGUCACUUACAUAGUGAGGGUGAUUUUGUUGUUAAUGAUUUUGACUUAGCUAGUGAAACUU